CCUCUCCCAUCCAUGGAUGAAUAGUUACCAUGUGUCCAGAAGUCUGCAGUAACCUUGAUAGCGAUGUCUUCCAUUCACCUUCUACCCUACGAAUUACUUCACCAUGUCGUCGACGUGCUUAGGGAUGAUUACCAGACGCUCGCAAGAUGUUGUCUAGUAAAUCGAGACUUCAGCACUACGGUUUCUCCAUUCCUUUAUAGAUGUGUCAAGCUGCGCAUCGGAUCGUUAACGCAGCCCGAAAUGAUCGAACUGCACUUGCAAUCCGCUUGUCUCCACCAUAAUCGUCUUCAUGUGAAGGUAAUAGUUCUGGAAGGAAGUAUCGGUUGGCGUGAACCAAGGUCCGGGACGUUGAUAUAUGCUUUCCAGCAUCUUCCGAAUCUCCAAUCUGUCACGCUUAACAUGACCGGCUGGGUAUCCCCACAAGAUAACCUAAAUCCUUCAACAUUUGCUCGACUAUUUACGUUAAUACGAGACCUUCCUUCGCUCACCGAACUAGUGUCCAACUGGGUCAUAGGUUACCCCAAUGACUCUGUCGUUGCGGAGUUGGUGAAGCCUGAGUUGCGAAAACUCAAGCUGAUUUCAGUUUCGACUGGUGUUAUAGAACAUUUCCCCCGCUGGCUGCGGGUUGCCUCAAAAAGCCUAAAUGAGCUACAAAUCCAAACUAGAGAAUGGGGUCCUCACUACUUAUCCCGAUUUCUCAGCGUCUUCCAAAUGUCUGCACCCAGUUUGCAUAACCUGCAGACCCUACAAAUCGGAUUUCUUGAAAGAUCGUCAGACGAAGGCUUGUUCACCGCUUUGGUCCAUCUCCCUCGUCUUGAGAAUCUGUGUCUCUCGUACGACCUUCCGUUCCACAGGCGCUCAUCGUUCGAUCCGAUGUCCAAUACGAAUGCACUCCCUUUCGGCAGCUUACCCUCUCCGAAAUCUCUUAAGUCUUUCACGCUUCGUUACAAGACUCACAGUUAUGACGAAUAUCCACUUGCAACCAACAAUGUAUGUCGGUGGAUCAAACACGUUAUCUCAGCAUCCCCGAUCGAGGAGUUGAAUUUCAUCCCGUUUUACCGACCACGAACCCGCAAUCCAGUCUCAAAACAAAGCUGGGAUUUGCUCAUAGAUCACUUAGCCGACAAGCAUAGCAAAACAUUGAAGUAUCUCGAUUUACGGGCAGCUUUUGUAAAGAAACGUUCACUGGAAACGUUACUCCGGAAGUGCCAUUUGUUGGAAGAGCUUUCAAUCGGGACAAGCCGAGGAUCACUGUUCGCCUUCAUCCGGCAUUCCUCAGACCUGCUACAUCUACGGCGGGUUCGCUUUGAGCUUCGAACUCUAAAAAGGGGUUUUGAUCAAACGACUGCCACGUCCGAUGAAGUCACGGAGGUCAUGAAGAGCGCACCAUCACUCAGGAGAGUAAUUAUCAACGACAGCGAGUGGCUGGGAUCUUGGGUAUUGGAUGGAGAAAACGGUCUCAAACGCAUCAUAAAUAAAAUGGUUUGACCUAAAGUCCCAUCUCUGGUGGAGGGUGGCUCUUAGGCUGGGAUGCUCGCUACACGCUAGUUUCAAUUUAACAAACAAAAACUCUGCCGUCAGGUUGGAGCAUGAAUGUGUUGCUGUGAACCCAGGACAAACGGUCCACGUUCAUGUCACCGUUCCAACUUCCCAUACCAGAUUGUGCACCAAAGAGGCUACGCGUUCGUCGAGUUCAUGAUUGUCGAUGCUGCCAAUCGUAAAUUUCUGAUGUAGAUAUCCUUCGUAAAUGAGUCUGCAUUUAAAUAGAUACACAC